CGAGCUAUCAGCUCAAUAUGAGUCAAUUGUUUUAGGACAACAUAUCUGGAAUCAAGGAAUUAAACAAAAAGGGGCUCGGGAUUGGACCUCCGUAGCAAGCGGGCGCGUUUAUACGAGAAAGAGACGGAAAAGAUUAUCACGGAACUGGCUGCCAUGGCGACUACUCUCCCUCGACCCUCGAGGGCGCCGUUAAGUGAUCCACCCGCAUCAUUACCGCCAUUGCCAUCAAGCCGACCUCUGCCCGGCUCGCCGAAGACUCCAUCUUCAAAUAGGACCGUCUCAAGCUCGAGACUCCCCACGAGUCAAGCGCCCGGAAAAGCUCCCUCGACUCCCGUGCCUCCUCUUCCGACAGGGCAAUUGACUGAACCUCGCUCGGCUCUUCCAACGCCGCUUUCAAACGCACCGCUUAAGUCCCCAAUCGGACGGACGCCUACCACUGUACGGAAGGUGGUGAGCAUUUCAUCAUUUCCGCAGCCACCCAAGGGUAAUGGACGAUUUAUGAGCCAUUCAUCGAGUCCACUUGCUGGGGCUCAAACAGAGACACGGCGAGGCUCGGCGGACACGGACUGUUCUGUAAACAGAGAGACGCGCAGUAAAGGCGGGAAAAUGAAAACUCACAACGGUGGUGUCGCUCUUCGUACUUCGAGCCUCCCUGGUAAAGGCGGAGAGCCGAGAACGGGCCCCAAUGGUCGAGGUUCUGACGCGCUACUUAGCAUUCCAUCCCCGCCUCACAGCAGAAGCUCUUCUGCACAAGGAUCAGAUUCAACCGGCGCUACAACCCUGGAUGAAUCCGGGGAUGCGGGAAACAAGAUCGUUUCCGCAACUCAAGAUGCCAAAUUGAAGAGGGAGCCCAGCAACAAAGAUGGCAAAGGAAACGUCAUCGUGAGCGUUCGAAUACGGCCUGAUCUUGGCACAGCAGAGGGAGGGAAAUCAAAUGAAUGGCUUUUUGAUGGACAAAAGAGCCUACUGGCAUAUCGAGGGCGGGAAGGUGGCGACUACUAUUAUGACAAUGUGUUCACUCCGGAUGAUGGCAAUGACAGAGUGUAUGCGUCUUCAGUGAAGCGAAUCGUUCGUCGUGUAAUGGAAGGUUAUCACGGGACAGUCUUUGCCUAUGGUAUGACGGGUACUGGCAAGACCUUUACGAUGCAGGGUACAGACCCACAACCGGGUGUCAUACCCCUUGCUAUUCGUGACAUCUUUUCCUACAUUCGUGAAACACCUCGUCGAGAAUUUCUUUUACGGGUGAGCUAUCUGGAAAUUUACAAUGAAAAAAUUCACGAUCUUUUGGCUGCCUCAUCUACGAAUGGUGCGGCAGUUGGUAUUAACUCUCAGGAAGAGAUUAAGCUCCGCGAAGAUAGUAAAAGAGGUGUUUAUGCCACACCCCUCAAGGAAGAAAUUGUUCAAAGCCCUACACAGCUUCUUCGGGUGAUUGGCAGGGGUGACAUGGCAAGGCGCACGGGAAGUACACAAUUCAAUGCACGCAGCUCUCGUAGCCAUGCUGUGGUACAAAUUGUCAUUGAAAGCCGAGAUAGGACGGGAGGAAAUAGCUCUGUGCAAGGGGGCAAACGCUCUGCCAUGAAUCCAGGUGGAGUGCGGGUAUCCACUUUGAGUUUGAUCGAUCUUGCUGGGUCUGAACGUGCUGCGGAAUCAAAAGAGCGGCGAACAGAAGGUGCACAUAUCAACAAGAGUUUGCUCACUCUCGGAACAAUCAUCUCCCGUCUUUCCAAGGAUAAAGAUAAGAGCGGCAAUACGACGAAUGCCGAAGAUCGACAUCUUCCCUUUCGAGACAGCAAAUUGACCAGACUACUUCAGCCUGCGCUCUCUGGAAAUAGUCUUGUGAGUAUACUGUGUACCGUUCACCUAAGUCUAGCAGCCAGUCCCGCCGGAAACGCCACCGAGACUCUAAACACUCUCAAAUUUGCUGCUCGUGCAAAGAAUAGUAUUGUUAGUCAUGCGAAAAAGGCCGAAGAAUCAUACGGAGCUGGCUCUGGCGAUGCAGGAAGCAGAGUACUGCUUGAGCGAUAUCGCAUGGAAAUUCAAGAUCUGCGAAGCCAGCUUGAGAAUCAGGCAAAGGCUGCAAAGGACGUGGAGGACCAGAAUGAGCGAAUAAAAGAAGAAAAGGAAGCCGAACAACGACAUGAGGAACAAAUUUUGGAGAUCCAAUUGGCUCGAACUGCCUUGAAGGAGCGCAUUGAACAUCUUACACGCCUAAUCCUGUCGUCGAAAUCCACUGGUGUGAAUUCGAGCCGAUCAUUUUCUUCUUUGAGUACCCGAGUCAGAAACACUGCUGCCAGUAGCGAUACAAUCGUCGCCAAGCCGUUGCGUUCUUCAACGAGCCACUCGACACUUGGCGUGCCUCGUCCUGCCUCAGUCCGCACAUCAUCUGCAGAGUCGGCUGAUCCUGGGUCUCCCACGAGCAAUCUAGAAAAUUCUCCAACUACUCCCGGAGAGAUGGGAUCCGAUGAGGAAGAUUCGGUUGGCGAGUACGGGAAUGGCAGAGCUAGCGUUGGAUCGCAGGUUCGUGCCUUGCAGGCCGACCUCGCCGACAGAAACCAAUAUAUCUUGACGCUUGAAAGGCGCCUUCUCCACGCUCGACGAUCGAGUCAUUCACGGACUUCGCUUCAGCUGUCGCCACCACAUCGCAUGUCGGAGGCUACGCCCGAGGACAAUGUCCGAAGACUUCUUGACGAAAAGGAUGCAGAAAUCUUUGAUCUUCGUGCUCGUCUAGACGAUAAGGAGCGUAUGAUAGCUGCACUGCGCACAGCGGCCCGCAAACGCGAGGUGGCAGAGAUGACCUCUAAGCGAAAUCAUCGAGGUUCUGUUCACAGCCGCAAAAGCAGUUUUGGCAGCAGCACUACAAACACAAAUCCCGUCUCUCCUACGACUCCUUCUUCCUUUUUGGCCUCGGACAAGCGGCUAAAGCCAGUCGAUGAGGUCACUCGCAUUUUAGAUGAAAUGCUUCAAGACCGUGUCGGCCCUGGUACUCAAGGACGCCGAGGCACUGUUCGCUUCUCCGAUGACAUCAAGCCCGAGGUUGUUGUUGAUGAUGUCAAUGGCCUAGAAAUUGUAAAAGGUGAAGCUCACGCAAUGUGAACAUUAGGGGUUGUAAAUUUCUGGCCAGUGCCAUGUAUCUUUCAUUUCCAGCUUGAUUUUUCUACCAUUUGACGGCGUCGAGGCAGCAUUCGAUCAAGGCAUCCAUCUAGCAUUUCGAUACCCUAUACCUGAAAAGACUUUGUUUUCCGUUUUGUACUCCUCUUUAUCUUGUCCGGUUUAGACAUCACUCUGAUUGAAAUGGAUCUUCAUCUGAUCUCUUUUUCAAAUUGUUAUUUCUCUCGAAAUUUCUUUUGGUCGUGGUCCU